AUGGCAGCUGCUCCUGCGCGACAACCGACAAACCAAUGGAAUGAUUUCAAGGAUUACUAUCUGUCACUGCCGAGGGUCCCAAGGAGUAUCAUCACUGCUACUGUUGUUGUAUCGGUUACAGGCCUCUUUAUCUCCCCGAUGUGGUUGGUCUUCCACUUGCAGUCAAUCACAUCAAAAUUCCAACUAUGGCGAUUGAUCACUCCAUUCUUCUUUGGUGGAAGGUCAAUGGACACCCUAUUCAACAUAUACUUUUUAUGGAAUUACUCAAGUCAACUCAACUCGACUCUGUUUCUUGCUCGUGAAGCUGACUAUGUCUACUUUAUACUAUUUGUCAUGGCCAGUCUCAAUGUGAUGGCCAUCUUCAUGAAGCCAUACAUACUCACAGACGGUCUCGUAAUGGCAAUCGUCUACCUAUGGUCUCAGAUGAACAGAGAAACAACAGUGACUUUCAUGUUUGGCUUCAAGUUCCCUGCCAUCUAUCUGCCAUUCGUCCUAGUUGGCUGGGACUUGUUUACUAAGGGCGGUGGAUUCCCGAUCGUCAAAGUGAUGGGCAUUCUCGCGGGCCAUUUAUAUUACUUCUUGGACAAGGUGUGGCCAGAUCAGAAUGGUGGAAGGAAGAUACUAGUGACACCACAGUGGCUGGUUAAUUACUUCCCACCGACACAGCCAAGUGUCGCUGGAUUUACACCGCAAGGGUUUACUGUGACGACUCCUGUACGCCCAGGCACAGAGCCCUCUAUAAGGCAACGUGGUUGGGGUAGAGGGCAGAGAUUAGGAGAAUAA